CGAAACAGCUCGUGACUAUCGUGUGACUGCUUUUUGGACAUUACAUUGCAAAAUUUCAAACAGCUGUUCGUUGUCUUUUUAAAAGUAUUGAUCAAUGAAAAUUUUGAAACACACUGAAUCGUCCUUAAAGGUGUUCCUUGCAUCACCAUCGACAUCAUGGCGAGAUGGCUUCUGUUGACAUCUGUGGUCCUAGUAGCGCGGCUUUUUUGUCGAAUUGCAGGUAAACAAACAUAUUUUUACCCAACAGUUAUCUUUUGUGUUCGCAAUAAGGGAUAAAAUUGUCUUAUGACUCUGUGACAUGUAUUACGUAUUCUACAGCCUACGCUCAAUGACUCACUUAAGAUAGCUUGUUUUGCUUAUGCUGGUUUACAAAUGCCACCAAAUCGUAGUCAACAGUGUACUGGCAAUAUAAUGUAUAAACUACUUUUUUAAGAUUCAAGCAAAACUAACUACGGCAGAAUGACUGGACAACCUAUAAUUUGACUAGCAAUAAAUGACUGUUUAAUUGUGACAGUAGACAGAUUACAUCACGGUUUAACUGACAGACAACUAAUAAUAUAUGUCGCAACUUAACUGACCAAUCAGGUCAAUGACCAGAGUUUAAUACCAUCAAUUCAAAUGUCGGGAUAACUACCGCACAGGUUGUCAAAACAUCAGUCACUCUCAACAACAGUCCCAUUGAGGACUACAUUCACCUGGAAGAUCAUAUUCAACCUACUUAAAAAAAGUAUACUAUAUAUUAUAAUACAAAACCUUUAUGAUUUACUAUUAAACUCAUCAACAAUAGAUGAGCUUGGUGAAGGUGCCUGUAAAGAUGGCGGAACCCCAAUCACAAAAACCCAGCAUGUAGGGGAACCAUGAGAACCCUGUGAGAGACAACCACCAGGCAUGGUCGCACUGAAAAACAGAGGAACAAUGAUACUUACCUUAUACUUACCACAGAGAGGAAGGGAGGGCAAGAGUUAAAUCACCUAGCAUAAUCAAAACAGGCAAAGCUCACAUGGGAAUGAGUUGACCUCAACAGCAGACCUGUAAAACCACACAACUUCCUGCAGACCCCUGAGCACUCCACAUGUCUGUGACAGGGGAGGUUGCUGACCAGCAUUUUUUCGCGUUUAAUGUAGCGUAAAUUACAUUUAACCACAUUCUUUUUAAAAUAACCUUGACAACAUUUUUGACUGAAAUGAACAGUUUCAUUCUGCAUCUUUCUUUCAAGGAUUAUUUUUUGGUUCAGUCAUAUACAUCCUACGAUCAGGUCCUCCUUUCUUGCUUUGCAAAGUUAUGUGCAUACUAAGUACUGUUUAAGUUACAAUAAAUAAGGUAUUGCACUCCAUAGUUUUUACCGACAAAUUGCCAACACUUUACCAACAUGCUGCCAAUAAUAAUUAUUGCUGGCUGACAGUCAGCCAAUAGUUGGUGAUAAAUUUCAUGUUUGAGUCAGUUAGUGACUGUUGGUUGGUCAUGCAAGGUGUCACCUAAUAGGACUCCUGCUAGGAUAGGGAAGGUGUCAGUGUGUAUUCCUCCUGUGAUAGGACUUCGGCUUGCUGAUAAAGGAGGAUCUUACCAUCUUCCUGUCAUGCAUUGUGGUCAAACUAUAUUAUCAGCGGCCGAAUCCCAGCACAUCACUCAUUUCAAAGUAUCGCCACGCGGGAAACACAAGGGCACAAGAGAGAAACAUGAAACAUCCAGUAUACUCCGCGUAAAUUGUAUCAGUCGUACGAUAGAAUUUCACGAAGUAGCUAUAGAUGCUUUUGUCAGGUCUAAGAUUUUGUUUACCGUUUAACUUCUUCAUUGAAAUUGUUUGACUGCAUGUAAAUAAAAUCUGAUAAGCCUGGGCCUCGUUAUGGGGGUCCGCAAUGAAAUAAAUGUUCAAGAAUACGUCUCAAACGCUGGCCACGUAAUUUUUAGUAAAAUGUGCAUUGAGUAUAGAAGGUAUCAAAGAAUCUGGCUGUGAGUAACUCGGUACGCGAUAUAUAAUUACCUGGAUGAUUAACAUGACCAGUAGAUAUCUUACUGAGCUGGUGUAAAUACUGACAUGUACGCGUCUUUCGCAGCUUCAAAUGCUGUUGACCUCCAACACUACUGCUGUGAAACAGUAACUGCAGUUACAGUAAUCUCCUGUCUGAAUAUAUGAAAAAGUAAAUGAAUGCUGUUCCAUUGGAAACUUGUUGAAAAUAUUACCAAAUGCACUCCGCAUGCAACAGGAGCUUUACUCUCAUCAUAAUAGAUAGUGCUAAAAAUACUCCUCGUUUAAGAUGAAAAGUUUCUGGGAAAAUGUGGAGACCAGAGGAGUCCAUUGGGUUCUUUAGAAUUUUUAAAGUAUAAUAGAGUGGACUUUUGUCUCAAUUCUCAAUCGACUCCUCAUUUGGUUACUGAAAUGAAUAAUAAAAAACACCAUGCAUACAACAGAUAAGCAGCGAUGCAUAAUGAGAGAAAGGUCACACGGUUAAAUCUUAGAGAAAUCCUUCUGUCCUCCUAAGGAUAGCCUGCAUUUCAGCUGGCCCAUGCACUCGUCUAAACCAUUAAUAUAGUCCAUCUGCGAAUUAUUGCACAAAAGCUCCUUCUACUAUCCUGCAGAGUUGCAAGAAGUUAUGUGAGCAUUUCUGAUAGGCGGGUUCUUACGGGUUUCUUAUAUGCCUCAUGAACAAUGAAAGAGCAGUUCUAGCAUCAAAACAAAUUAGGAAAUCAUGAUAUUCAUGGCCAAAAAAAACACUACACACAUGUAGGUAUUAAGGUCCAGGCAUUUAGGAGAAAUCCAAGAAACUAAGGUUAUUUAGCUGCAAUAAAAAAGCUAAAAGCUUAAAAAGGGGUAAAAGAAACUGCACCCGUGAUCAAAUCCAGUCAGAAAACAUUUGCCGAAACAUAAACCACAGUAACUAAUUACUCAAUGUGCAUGGAACAGACCAGCUUCAUAACCUCUAAAUGUGAGACUCAAAGCGGCCAAAAAAAAAAUCUGCUCAGUCAAACUGAAGAAUACUCCAUGCACUGCAUAAACUACGCAAAAAGAGAGCAAGAAAAACCGCUAUUGUUCAAGCUGACUCUAAGCUCACUUUUCACACUAUCACAAGCUCAAUCCAUCUCUUGUCAGGAGCUAUUAGUCGUGUUUGGCCUGUCAGGACUUAAUUCAAAUGGGACUAAUCACAAACCGUGUAAGAAACUAGCCAAUAAAAAAUGCCAACAUAUUUCCGAAUGACUCUGGGGGAUUCGAACGUGAUAUUGUGCACUAAUUCUCUGACGCUCUAUACAGAAGGUUUAGAUUGUCUGUGAUGCAGGCAACCUAAUGAAAGAUGAGAAAUUAUGCUAAGACAUACUUUACCUCCAUAACUCAUCCUUAAAGCAGCAAAGCUGUUUUCCCAAACUUUAUGUUAAAUUCAUGUUUUCAUCACACAGACUGGUAACAAUCACACCGAAAAAGGCGCAAAGUGUGCUUGGAAGAUAGUAAUAUCCUCCUUUGUUGCUGAUAGUCCCUCCUAGAAUAUAAUAAUUAUUGUAUAUUGUUCAAAUAUUUAUGGUCAUUUAUUUAUUUUUUGUGGUUAAAGCGGUGUAUGUUCUUAAGUUCAGAUGCCUGUCUGUGAAGUUUUGUUGCUUAAUAUUGUGCAGUGCAGUAGUUUUUGUUGAUUGUUUUUUGUUGAUUUGUUUCAGCUGAGGAUAUUAAACUCCAUUUAGUGUCUAAGGAAAGCAAAGUCCAGAUUGGCAAGUCUGCAUAUUUUGAACUAACUAUAAGGUGUAGUAUUUUUACUGUUAUUAAUGCCUGCGUCGCAAGUGGAGGUUGGGUGCCCAUGGGCCAGGGGGCUGCAACCGCAAUACACCCCAAGGCGGAAGAACACCCACAGGCCUACCAACCCGCAACCCAGCCACGAGCCCCCCCCGCGCCCAGCCCCCCACUAUAGCACCCGUCACACUGAGGCCAGAAGCCCUGUGGAAGUAAAAUGAACCAACCCCUGAAAAAUAAAAAACUAAAUAAAUAAGAAAGACAGCGGAGGGAGGGAGGGGAACCAAGAGAAACGCUACGCUACUGGAAUGCCACGCCACGCCACGCCACGCUAACAAAACUUUGAGUACAACGCAAACACAACGUAGGCACGUGGCCUCCGCGACAUACCGCUGGACAGGAAUCUGCCCUCCAGCUCAUGAACAAUGGUAAAUGCUACAAACGCAAACAUAGUCACGCACAACGCUACAGAUGACCAACGCACUACCAAAGAAUGCCAAAACACCCGAGACCAUAGCUCCUGGUCGUUAACUACAUUAAAUAUGAUUUAAUAGUAUUUAACGCCUGUGUCGCAAGUGGAGGUUGGGUGCCCAUGGGCCAGGGGGCUGCAACCGCAAUACACCCCAAGGCGGAAGAACACCCACAGGCCUACCAACCUGCAACCCAGCCACGAGCCCCCCCGCGCCAAGCCGAAGGGACCUCCGGGUAGGAAACCCGGAGCAAGGGGGCUCGGGGCUGCAGAGCCCCAGGCCCCGAGGGUCCAAACCUGAGGCACCCACCCCCACAGCAGCCCCAAAGGUAGUACAGAUACCUGCUAUGCAGCCAGCUGUCUGGAUACUUGGACGAUGGAGCUAACUGGAGUGCGAAUAUAAAUCUGGUAGGCAUCACUAGACCACCGGCCUAGGGUCUUGAUCAGAUGAUCCGGAACUCCCCGAGCAGCAGCUGUAGUUGCCGCCCAACACGGAAGCUAUGGCCUGAAUAAGAGCCAGUAUAGCCAGCUGAGUGCAAGAUAGACUGAACUGUGGAUGACAAUUGUUGCCGAGUAAGAGGGCGACCGUCACUAAAAGUAAAGAGAGGACCCUCAGAAGAGCCACGCAGAGCCAAGAAGUUGCCCAAAGCACGGAUGGGACACACCAGGCCCUCACCACGCCCCACAUAUAUAUCACAGCCCAUGCGAAACGGAUCAGUCUUAGAGCACUUGAUAUGAACUUUAAAACAGGUAGGAUUCACCAGGGAAUCAGCCUGCAGGUCAGCAACAGUCAUAUGGAUACUAGGCUGAAAUGCAGAAUUCACCGUGAACUCCCCAGCUCGUAAGAAACCGAAGAAACCCAAACAGCAUGCCGCCCACAGCAUCACAUGGUCUCUCCUGGAGAAGUCCAGACGAUGUUGAAUCGCCCGCAGAUGAUCCAGGGUGAUAGGCAGGCGCCGGGGUGAUACUGGACCUUGAACCCGCUUAAUUCCCCUGAGUAAACGCUGCAAACGAAGGCAGUUGACGAAAAGGGUCUGACAAGCCAUGGUCAAUGUGAAGGGAACGUACUGCUGACAGGUAUACCUUUAUAGAUGCGUGUGUCAAGUUGUCGGCCAAGAGUGAAGCAAAGCGCAUGAGAGUCUCCUCAUCGGCAGGAGGGAAGGAGCCAUCGCUGUUAAAGGCGACCAUCCCGGCGGCAAAAAAUCAAUAUAGCGACGCUGAGCAGAGAGAUAAACACGCCGAGUGGAGGGCGCAAGUCCCUGGGAGAGCAGAAACUGACACUUCUGGGUCAACACGCCUGGAGUGCGGCCAGCAGCGACUGGAAUCACACAGGAGUCAGGUCGGCUUGAGGUGCCAGACUAUUUAAAAACGCUGAAAUUGAAAGCGUGAGAGGGAGUCAGCUACUGGAUUGGCCAAGCCGUGAACUGAAGACGCCAGAACAUAAAUGAGUGGCGAUAGCCAGCAAGGAUAAAUGACGAGCAAGAGGUGGUCCCGUGAAGUGCCAGACUUAAGUACAGCCACCACUGACUCAUUGUCGCACAGGAACUCGACCCGCCGAGAGCCCCACUGAGAACCCCAUAAGGCGGCGGCUACAACGAUGGGGAAGAGCUCCUUGCACGCAAUCGAUAACGACCGUUGCUCCAUAGACCAAGCGCCGCAAAACCACUUGGUGUUAAAAAUAGCCCCAUAGCCCAGUGACCCUGCAGCAUCCGGACGAGACUUGGAAACCGGGACGGGCGCCCACGUGGGCAUGCAAAAGAAACUGAGGCCAUCCCAGGUUUGAAAAAAGCUCCCGCCACCAGGUAAGGUCCCGACGGAAUUCUUGGUUUAGCCUGAUGGGGUGAUCGUCCAGGCGGAAGGCACAAAGCAAGUCAAUCAUCCGGCGAAGAAAAGUCCUCCCUUGUGGGGGCGACCUUGCAGGCUUGAUGGAGGUGGCCAAUCAAGGAUUCCAACUCCGCCUCUUACAGAAACGCUUUGUGGACCACUCUUCAAGUAAGGCAACAAUCCGGUCUCUUUUAUCCGUGGGCAGGCGAGCCUCAAGCCUAUCGGAGUCGAGUUCAAUCCGAGGAUAGUUAAGCAAGUCGUCGGUCCCUCUACCUUGUCAGGAUGAAGGGGAGACCAAGCCUUUCGCAAAAGGCGAACACAGGUAAGUAAAUAGAAGUGGCAGAGCGGGGAUGACGGUGGACCAAGGGUAAAAAAAGUCAUCCAGGUAGUGGCGUGGGAAGUCCACGCCAUAAUUAUGAACCAAGAUCCAUUCAACCAGGUCCGCAAUAGAAGAGAAAAUAAAUGGCGCUGAAUGCAACCCAAACGGGAGAACCAGAUCGACAAAGUACUUCCCACGCCACUGCAUCCCCAGCAAGGGGCGAUCGUCGGGAUGGAUAGCCACAUUCCGGUAUGCACUGGCCACAUCAAACUUAGCCAUUAGUGUUCCGCGACCCCACGCCAUGAUGCCCUCAAUAACUGCAUCGACUGAAACAUACUGCACUGUGAAGGGAGGCUUGGGAAUGCCAUCGUUCACGCUGUGCCCAACAGGAGAGGAGAGGUCAAGGAUGAGACGCCAUUUGCCCGGUUGAUUGUUCUUGGGAAUGACCCCAAAGCGGCUGAUGUGUAGAGAAGGAAAAGGAGGGGCUGAAAAGGGGCCAGCCACCCUGCCGGAGGAAACUUCGGUCUGCAAGUAGGAGUCUAUCACAAAUGGGUGCUCGAAGGAGGAACGCAUGUUCGAAGAAGCGGACUUCAGAUUGACCAUGGACGACUCAAAGCCAAUACGAAAACCCUCACGUAAUCCGGACAACACAUAGGCCACUGCUGCCUGGUCAGGAUGAUGCUGCAGCUCUGUCUGAAAUUGAGCCAACCGUAAUGGAGAGACCUGGGAGGCUGGGGCUAAUGGCGAGAAAGAAUGAACCGAAACUGCAACGCUGGGUAUACUAACUGGAACUGUAACAGAACAAGACGGCUUCACAGAGGAACGCAGAUCACGCUGCCCCCUUGACGACGCAACAGAACUAUUUACACUAUGUACACAAGCCUCACCGGGCAAAACUGCCCAUUCAGUACCGUCCCCCUCUUCCCCCGGGUUGGGGAGAUCAGGAUCGUGCGCUAGAGGAGUUGGGAAAUGGACAAUUGAUCUGGGUGUGUUCACCCUCACAGUUACUGCAGCGGUGUCGAUAUUUGCACCUACCAAAGGGCCAGCGGCACUGCCCGUCAUUCCAUGAAUGGCAAAAAGGAGGGACCACGCUGGUGUCACGGAGGGCGGCAGGAAGUGGAGAUGAUGCCGUGGAAGAAGACGACCAAGGUGGCGGGGGUGAGGCCAUGGCUGGAGACCUUAAGUGAAAGUUGUAUAGGUCUAAGUUCAUCCUUGACCAGUCACUGAGGCCAGAGGCAGCUGCAUCCUUUCUGAACGCCAGGUCAUACUCUAACCAAGCUGAACUAGAAAAAUGACGAGCCGUUUGAAUGAUAAGCAGCUUAUACUUGGAGAGAUCGGGCCAAUGAUGAGGGUGAGCUGCACACAGCACCAUCUGAAAAAUAGUAAAGGCUUCCGUCCAAGUCAAAAUGUCUUUUAUUUCCACUUGCCUGCGUUUUUGACGAGGACACCACGAGCUUACCAUCGAGGAACGUUUGCGGCUCCUGCUCCACGGCGCCGAAGGUUCACGGACAACAAAUCUGCCAAUUCGACAAACUGGCCGCCUACAAUUUUUGACACUAGUUUUGAGGGAAUAGGGGCAUGCCCGGACCAACGAUAAAAGCCUUCUCAGACUUGGGAGAUGCCAACGAAGACUCAAGGCUUGGAAGACCGCUAGUAACGCCGGGCGAUAUGAAAGUGGAGGGAGUAGGAGCCACGGGCGGGCCGAGCUCGAGACGGUAAUGGCCGGCACUGGCGUAAACGUAGGAACAAACGCGGGAAGCGUAAACGUACCUGAAGCCACUGAAGAAACACCGUCACCUGUACCGCUUUUCGAAGCGGACGCUGAAGAAAAUAAAGGUUGUGGAGCCCCGCUAGCAGAAACGCUUGGAACCGAAGAAGAAGCCUGCGAGGAGGCGUUUCUCUGGAUCGAUGAAAUAAUGGCGGGAAUGGAGUUUCCGAUUGCCGAACCACAGCCUCGGUGAGGAGUCAGCCAACUGAGGCGACCAAGAGCUAGAAGCCGACUCGACACAGGACUUUCAGGCGUUGCCGUAGAUGGAAGGGGUCUUCGGUAGGAAGGCCGCCCGAUAAGCUGUUGUUGGUCGAACGAGAUGGGCGCGGCAUUACAGAGGACAACCAAAAACUCCCCAGCAGAGGACGAACCACAACAGGAAAAACGACGAACCACGGCAACGAAAACCACUUCGACCGGAAAAAACUUUGAAAGAACCAAGAGAAAAAGCUAUGCUACUCGAACUGAGAAACCAAGCUAACCAAAACUAGGGCAGAACCAAGAGAAACGCUACGCUACUGGAACGCCACGCCACGCCACGCUAACAAAACUUUGAGUACAAUGCAAACACAACGUAGGCACGUGGCCUCCGCAUGCGCCAAAGCGACAUACCGCUGGACAGGAAUCUGCCCUCCAGCUCAUGAACAAUGGUAAAUGCUACAAACGCAAACAUAGUCACGCACAACGCUACAGAUGACCAACGCACUACCAAAGAAUGCCAAAACACCCGAGACCAUAGCUCCUGGUCGUUAACUACAUUAAAUAUGAUUUAAUAGUAUAUAAUAAUAAUAAUAAUAAUUUUGAAAUUGUGCAGUACAAAUUCCAUAGAAUGUUCAAAUGUGCUUCACAGUAAAAUCACACAGUGGGAAACUGGAUACAACAACUAAUACUACUACAAAAAAAUAAUAAAAAUCAUAAUAAUAAUAAAACUAUUAAUACCAAUACUGCCUACUAAUACUAAUACUACGAUGAUAUUGAGCUCCAGGUUAUGACAAAAAUGCUUAAAGAGAAAGGUGUGUUUUUAACUUUGAUUUAAAAAUGUCUAAAGAGUUUGGAGUCUCUGACCUCAAAUGGCAGUGUACUCCAGAGUUUUGGUGUUGCGCAAGUAAACAACCUGUCACCGAGUGUCACUUAAGGUUUGAAGCCGGGUUGCUUAAGCAAGAGGGUGUCACUAGAACGUCUCAAUACUUUAUUGUUAGCUUGGAUUGAUUUGCUGGGCCAUUAGCUUCAUGCAGUAAAAGCUUGUUAUGUAGGCUGUAAGUCAAAUGUUUUGGACACCAGGGUUCUCAAUAGAAGCCGGCAGCUGGCUACUGAUCGCCACCUACUUGGAGUUUGUAGCUGCCUAACUUUGCAUUCUAUUUGCUGCUUUUCUCCUUUUUGUUUGUGCUUAAGUCUUCCAGCUAUUCCUAUUAUCUUGAUUUGGGUUUUUGUUGUCUUAUAAUGUACAAAAUGAUGGAAACAAUAGAGACCAAACAAGUAAACUUCCUUGUGCUUCUGUAUUUGACAACUGCCAUGUUUUCAACCUCAUAAAUGUUGCAGUUAAUUGUUCCAAAGUGGCCGAAGUUUGAGUUCAUGAAAGCUGUAUAUCCCUAUCAUGCUCCUUAAUCUGUUCAUGAAUGCACCUUCCCAUUUUGCCAAUGUACAAUUUGCUGCAUUUCACAAGAACGAAUCUUAUACACUACACCAUCUUAUUUUCAUGGAUCAACAGGAUCCGUAGGUUGUACUAAGUGCAAUCUUCUUGACAAGUUUGUUCCUCUGAUAAAAGUUUCUAAACAUGUUGACAGAAUGUGGUGUGUAGAAAUUCUGUGGUAGUUGAAGUUGAUGCCCAAAUUGGCCUCAAAAUUGCAUUUUUAAAAGUGCUUCUGUAUUAAAAAAAUUUCUUCAAGAACAUGCCUGAGACCCCCCCCUGAAUUUUUGGGCAUUUCCAUUUGUUACAGCCACCUAUGUAAGGCUGGGCAGGUGCCUACUUCAAUUCCUUUUGAGAACCCUUUAUCAAUAUUGACUAUACAGCCCCCGAAAUGAUCCCCAAAUCGACCCCAAAAUGAUACCGACCCUGAAAUGAUCCCCAUUUCUCUUCACACCGUCGCCGAAAUGAUCCCCUAUUAAUUUUAGGAAUGGAAUGAUAUCGUAGAACUAUUGAUCGAGCAAAAUGCACAACAUUAAUGUUGUGCAUUUUCACUAAUAAUCUUUCCUUGCCCGCAUUCUUUAAUGACAUUAAUUUGGGAUUACAAUUUGAACUGGAGUAAAGGAAAAUAUUAUUUAGUAUAUAAUUUUAGUAACACCAUGAACCGCAACUGAUAACAUCAAUGAACAUAACAUUUUCUAUUAUUCAUAAUUUUAUUACUUAGGUGAUCAUAGCCUGGGUUAUGUCAAACUGCAUGCCUUGGAUAGUGAAUUUUACAAAUGUUGUGUUAACACUUUUUAAAAUUUUAAAAUGAUGUUUAAGAUAAAAAAAAGUAGACAUAAAGGUGCAUAAAUUAAUGACAAAAGUGCUGAGAAAUAACAUAAACCAUCGUGAAAUGUUAAAUGUGACUCAGGAACGUAAACACUGCAAUAGACUUGCAAUAAUUUCAUCGCUGAAUACCAUUCCAUUCCAAUAAUUAAUUGGGGGUCAUUUUGGGGUUGACGUGAAGAGAAAUGGGGAUCGUUUCGGGGUCGGUAUCAUUUCGGGGUCCAUUUGGGGAUCAUUUCCGGGUCAGGGUCAUUUCAGGGGCUGCACAAUGUCAAUACCUGGAAAAUACCUUUUUUGAUACCAAGUCACCGGAUAGAUUGUAUAAUACUGGUACUAACUUGAGUGUUAUAUUUCUUGUGCAGUGGCAAGACAUCAUCCAAUACUUCUGUAGAUAUUUUUAUCAAAAACAACAAGCCUUCAGUAGUUGAUGUUACAAAACAGGUAAAAAACUUUGUUUGCUGUUGAACUCUUGUUUAGUUUUGUAGUCAGGUACUGAUGUAAUUUUACUUUUGUCUGUCUUAUUAUUUGAAUUAUUGCAGUUUUAUUGCAAAACUAAAUUUAAUCUAUUAAAAAAAAUCUAAUGAGAUAAUGAAUAAGAAGUGAUUUUGAUAGACAUUUGGAAAAAAAAUGUUUCUCAUAUUAAAAAAAGUUUAAAAAGUUAAAAAAACAAUGUUUUGACAUUCAACUAACAUCAUUAUCAAGUCAAAAAAUAAGUGUCUGUUGCAGAGUAUUAAUACUAAGUAAACAAAGCUUCAUUAAAAACCUAAUAUAAAGUGUCAAGAACGUUAGCUCAAAUGAAUAGUUUUGCACGAAUUGGAUCAGCCUGGGUGUUCAAGCUUGGCUUCAUCUCUUUUAUAAACAGCAUUUCAUGAAUUUGGCAUUCAAACUUUGUUUGACACUUUUGCACUUUGGUCCUGUAUGGGGUUAUCUAAUUGCCCAUGAGCUUCUGCAAAGAGUUUCCUGAUAGCCAAGUUCUUAUGUUCAACAAUGCAUUGGUAGAGAUGUCGGGCUGUAUACCCAACAUUAUCUGCAUUAAAGUGUAUAGAUCACAUGAGAAAGUAUAAACAAUGCAUUGUUGUUUUAUGAUUGGCAGCUUUAUUUCUUUUGGCUUGAGAUCUUGUUCCAAAUGGUCCAAUGAUGGUGCCAUCUUAUGACAGAGAUCUUUCAUUAAAAAAGGGCUUUCACAGAGCAGAUACCCUACAUGUAUAAUCCGGACAAGAACAGACUUUUGACUUGCACUUUUACAAAUUUCUGUAAGCUCAGUGAACACACAAGAUGACAUGAUGGUGUGGGGUGAUGACUGUUCCACUGUUUUGUCAUCAUUUACAUAUGCUUAAAAUAUAAUGUUUUGCUUCUUUUUCAGAUUCAGUUGCAUCUAAAUCAAAAGAAAUCAGUCAAAAUCCACGGGCAAAAAAUUGGAAAAGCAAAAAUUACCUGUUAUAUACAAAGAAAUGAAUCCAAGGAUCACACUUAUAUCAGGUAUUUGAAUAACUAAAUGUGUUCUAACAAUAUUUUUUAGUAUCUGUUAAAGUUUACAAUACUAAUGUAUAAUAUGUCACAUAUGCUAGAGAUUUUCUUAUUUUUCUCUUUUUCUUGUCAUAGUGUAAAGCGCAUUGGGGACAGAAGUGCACUUAAUAAGCACCUAUAUCAUUAUUAUUAUUAUUAUUAUUAUUAAUGUUUCCCUCACAAUUUGCAGAUUUCCAGGAGGUUUAUUAAUUAAUCAAUGCUGUUAUUUUAGUUUCCAGAUCAAUGUUGUGCAUAACCGGCCAUUAAGUAUAAUCAAUGCUGUGAUUGGCUGGAUCUAUUUUGUUGCAUGGUCUGUUUCAUUUUACCCUCAGGUAGGAAGUUGGAAUUUGCUUGAUACUUAGAUAUGGCUAAAGAAAAUCAAAGCUGUUUUUUUUUGUUAGUGAAGCCAGCUUUUUAUUCAACUGCUUGUUCAAAAUUCCCUGUGUCUUUGUCUUCCAGAGCAAUUUGAGCCAGUAGUAAGUGCUCUUUCAGCCUGUGAAAUUAGCCGGCAGCAAGCUAUUUCUUACAUCCCUACAUGGGAGUUUUAUUGGCAUAUUGUUUCCAUGCCAUUAUCAUAACACCAUUUAGUUUCUGGGGAAUUGAUUGUCAUGUUACUUUUUUUUCUAGGUUUAUCUUAACUGGAGAAGACAGAGGUAAUAAUUUUACUUUUACAUGUAGAUAAUCAUUUUUGUAACAAAACAGAGAGCCAGUACAAAUGUAUAUGAUUUCUCAUAAAAAUCCCAAUUAGUCAACUAUUUGUUGAGAUUAUUAUGGAAAAGGGUUUUCAUGCAUGGUAGAUCUUUGCCAAACGUGGAUAAUGUAAAAUGGAGAAAUAAAUUGAACUUAAAUUGCUAGCAGCUCUCACAUUUUGCUUGCUUAGUGCUAUUCCUUACUUUUCUUAAUUAAAUGAUCUAAUCAGUAUAACAAGAUGAUUCGUCUUCUAUGUCAGGCCAGUGCAGAGCUUAAAGAUUUACUUGCUCAGCAAGAAAAUCUAUUUAGGUGAUGACCAGGUGACUUUUUAAGCAAAUAUAGUAAAGAGUGGCAGAGUAGAAUUAUUUGAACUUGGGAGAACAAAUCAUCAAAAAUAUGUCUAGUAAAAAAUAAUUAUCAUACCCAAGUGAAAAUAAUGAAAAUAACUUGUGUAUGUUUUCUUUUUCAGUGUAAUUGGCCUCAACUUUGAUUUUCUUGCUUACAACAUCACAGGAUUUAUAGCUUAUGGUUUGUUUAAUAUUGGAAUGUUCUGGAUACCAUCAAUACAGGUAUACUGUUUCAUUUAAAAUUAUUUUUUAAGAUAAUUCCUGUUAAUUAUAGGAAUUUCUUCAUAUACCAGACACCAUCAUAUGAAACGAAAAACAAAAAAAACAAAAACAAAAAAACAAACAAAAAAACCUACAACAAUUCUAAAACUGUAAAGACUGCUGAGUUGAUUGUUAUAGUCAUGCACCUUUAAUUUUAAGGUUCCUUUUCAUACAGCUGCUUUGAAAAUUAAUACAUAUACAUAUUAAUACAUAUUUUGCAUUAAAAUUAUGUUCAUGUAAGAAAUGUUCGAUUGUUUUCUCCAAGGUACUGAUGACAUUACUGCUUUUCUUUGUAGCAUGAAUAUUUUGCCAAACACCCAGAUGCAGUUGUAAACCCAGUCCAAGACAAUGAUGUAUUUUUUACUAUCCAUGCUAUCCUCCUUACAUUUAUUACUAUUCUUCAGUGUUUAUUUUAUGAGGUAAAUUUCAGUUCAUUAUUGAUAAUUGAAGUUGAACUGUUUUGCUUGUAAUUAAGAAAAGAUUAGGCCAUUACAUUAUGUACAAGCUAUCAAUAAGGAAGAUGGCGUAAAAUAACAAAAACAACAGAAUUAGAAAAUGUGUUAUCUCUGCUCCUCCUCUAAAGUAUCAAGGAAAGCAUUUACUUAAAAUGUCUCUAUUCCUUUUUGUUUCAUCGUCAAUGUCAUUAUUAUUGUCAUUAUUAUCAUGGUCAUUGUUACUUUACUGAGCACAAACUUGAUGAUGAAUAUUUUUUCCAUUUCUUAUAGCGUGGAGAUCAAAAAGUAUCACUUGUUUCUAAAGUAAUAUUGUCUUGCACAUGGAUGUUUGCAGCAGUGGCGUUAAUUGUGACAUUAUGUCACACAAUCACAUGGUUGACAUAUCUGUAUUACUUCUCAUACAUCAAAAUUGGCGUCACACUCAUCAAGUACAUACCACAGGUUGGUUCAACCACAUGCAGUUUGUGUCAAUGUUAAUAUCAUAAAUUGUCAUACCCAAAAGUAAAGGAAAGUAAAAUUGAAGCAAGGAUGAAAUUUUGGCCACAGAUUUUGUAACAUUUGUUGCCAUUAAAUCUACCUUGUGUCCCUGUUUCAAGCUCGACAUGUGUCUUGAUGCAAGUUAGAUAAAUAGCCCUCAUACAAAUAAAAUGAACUGGUAAAUACCUGUUAUCAGGGAAUUGUCAAGAGUUUAUCUUGUCUACAUGUACUGUUUUUAAUUCUGAAAAGGCAUACAUGAACUACCGGCGUAAAAGUACAGUUGGAUGGAGCAUUGGUAACAUUCUUCUUGAUUUCACUGGAGGAUCUUUGAGUAUUUUACAAAUGUUUCUUUUGGCAUAUAAUAAUGGUGAGUAGUAACCAAGAUUCCAUGUAAUUUAAAGUCGUGAAGUCCCUAAGCAAAGAUUGUGAAACCUGCUCCCUCCCCCAGAGUUCGACUGCAGAAGCUCAGGGUAGUUGUCAACAGGAGUGCUGAUUACUCACAGAAAGUAUUUUUUGAAGUGAAUUUUAGAUCAAAUAUUGUUAUUGUAUUAUUUUGUUUCUUAACACUUUCCUUUGAUGAUUGAGAGACAUUUAAAGGUAUGUUAUUACCAUCCCUAUUUUGGUCUAGGUGUGUUCCAUGGUGUGUGACAACAUGUACUGAAUUGCUUUGAACCAUAACCACUGAAUUAGCAACCCCCAGAUGUGAUUUUUUAUUGUACUGUAUCAAAGGCAGUCUAUGAUUCUCAAUUUACUCUGCCACCAACUUAAGCUUGAGGUAUCUGCACCGGCAAAUUUUCAACAUUUUAUUUUGCCCUCAAAACCUUUCUACAGUAAGUUCAGAUGAUGUAAUAUGCAUAUCUAGUUUUCUUUUUCGAAUAUUCCUUCACAUUUUAGGGGAAAUCUACUCAAAAGUUGACCUAUUUACCAGAGGUUAGAGAAAAAUUUGCAUUUCUGUUACUAAGAAAAAAGACUGUAGGAGACAGCAGGAGCGCAAUUUGACGCUUCUUUUCAGCAUCAAGUUCUGUUGAUGUGCUCAACAAAUUAAAAUUUAUUCACUGCUUGGAUUCAUUGACAAACUACAGCCGCUGUAUGUCUAACUUGAUUUUUCUUUCUUCUGUUUAAGCUGUGAUGACUAAUAUUACUUGCUUCUUGUCAAAAUUCAUUAUGUUCUUGAAAUAUACUCCGUUUUCCAGGACGUUAUUGUAAAAAAUAUAUAUUCCAUCGGCGUGUCUUCUCACUUGAUAUAUUCUGACAGUUUUGCAGGGAGAGUAAACUGCUUUCUUGGCCCUAAUCCUCUGGUCUGUUUUUCUGCUGAUCAAUCUCUUUACAGAAGCAAUUAUUCUUCCGAUUUUCAAUAAAACUCUUCUUCAUUGCCUCAUUGCAAUGAGUAAUGCAUCUUCCUGAAGUGCGUCACACCUAGCAACUGGUCACAUAUCAAAAUCCAAGGGGGGUAUAGAGAGGUUAUUUGGCAUUUGUUUAGGCUUCCACGAGCAUUUUGGUGGUUCAAAAUGGCAGGCAAGAAGGUCUCUAAUGGUAGUAUCGCAGAAAAACAUUUGAUUUUGAGAGGAAAAUAAGCUUCUUUACUCUGGAAAAGUGUUAAUUAUCGCAUGACUGAUGUACCUUGACUUACGGAAACCACUUUUAUGGAGGAAUGGAUCAUUAUUUCUUCAUGAAAUUUGGCAAAUACACAAACAGCAUGUUAAUGAAGAGAACUGUGUUCAACCAAAGGUUACAAUUGCCGUACAGCUGAGUUAUUGACGUCAAAAUGUGGUUCAAAUUACAAAAAAUAGCAAAUGGUGUCCUGGAAGGUGGAUUAAUCGGAGCUGUGUCGUGGUCAAACAAUGGAUUAUUAAUUCUGUCCUAUGUCCUUAUUUGUGUAAAAUUUCUUUUUUUAACAAUAACUCUAAGGAUUCUUGUGAAAUUUUGAUGUUUCUUUUUCCGUGCCACUCUGGGGGGUAAUUAAAUUAAAACCUUUUGGGUGAAAUAGCAUACUUUAUUUUGAUAUAUUUUAGUUCCUCAAGGACUAAGAAAUACUGUCAAUGUAGUGAUAUGUAGACAUCAUCAAUAAUAUAACUAUUAAAAUGAUACAAAAAUGUGCAAAAUUUGCUGGGGCAGAUACCUUACGUUUUUCUUGUGGUGUCUUUAGUCUGUAGGUAUUUCCUAUUACUAUAUUUUUCUAGUAGCUUGUGAAUUUAUAGAAGUUGCAUAAAUAUAGAGGACAAAUAUUUACACUUUUAUAUUUAAAUAAGAUAGGAAAAAUGCAAAUGAAGUUGUUUGCUUUGUUGUUGUUCUCCUUUUAGUUUAAUUAAAUAUUCUGAAAAGCUUUGUUUCCCAUGCUGUUUUUCCUUCUUUGGGGGAUAGGGUGUGGCUACAAGAAGGCUACAAAAUGGAAUAUAAAUACCCUAUCCCAUGACAAUACCUAUUCUGCUUAUUGGAGUACCCUUUAAGCUGUCUCUGCACCUCUGUUCUUGGAUAUCAGUUAUUCAUGAAGACCCACUGCAGGGAGUCUUCAUGCAGCCAUCAACUCUUCAUUUUAAGGUCUUUAUGUACCUUUUUUAUUUGCAGAUGACUGGAGUUCUAUCUUUGGAGACUUUACAAAGUUUGGUUUGGGUGCAAUUUCAAUCCUAUUUGAUUUUCUCUUUAUGGUUCAACACUACUGCUUAUAUCCAUCAAAAGGAAAUGAUCGUUAUGAAGUUAUUGCUGGAAGUGAUCAGGUGUCAAGGGAGGCAAAUGACAAAUCAUUGAAGUCCUUAUAUAGCAGUCUUGCAUAA